AUGAGUAACAAGCCUUUAGUCCUUUUAUUUGGCUGGGCUGGUGCGCAGCCUGGUCAACUAGUCAGAUAUGUUAAGAUGUACGAAAAGAUUGGGUAAGAAGUUAGUCGAUGUGUUUUUGUAUCAUUUUAAAUUUUAUUGAUAAUAACUUUAAAAUUUUGAUUUACAGCAGGUAUUACUACCAAAAUCUUCGGUUAUUUGGCCAAUAAAUGCCAUUUUCAAACCACAAUUUAAUCCUGAUUUGGCUGCAACAACGAAUAAAAUCACUUUCAAGAUAUAUGAUCUACUUUAAAUUAUCUAAAGCCAAACUUUUCAGGUUCGAAUCCAUAGCGAAGAUACCUCAAAGCAUGAACAAUAUGUUUAGCCAGGAUCCCGAUGAAGCUGACAAAUUUUACAAUCGCGAGUUCAAAUCUAUCAUAUAUGACAAUCCACGACCCAUGGUGAUCCAUACGUUCAGUGUGAACGGUUGUGGACAGCUGGCAUACAUCUGGGAGAACUUGAAUAAAGAUCCGGAAGGCGAUGACAUUAAGAGAACUAUUAAGGGAUGGAUUGCUGAUAGGUAAGGAAUUGAGAUUCUACCUUGAGCUUUAAAAUAAACUUAUUUUACUUUAUAACUUAUAAGUCAUGAGAAAAGUUUAAAAUAUAUAUAACUUUUCUUUUCAGUAGCCCAGCACGUUCAGGAAGCAUAACCCAGUUCUUCAAAGCACACUUUAACCAAAUUUGUCCAAACAAACGUGACAUCUUCACCCUCUCAGCCAUUACCGUCAAAGAAUUACCAUACAUAGUCAACAAUUACCCCAAGUUCAAACUCCAAAGUCUGAAUCCAGAGAAGCGCCGCCUUCUGAUUCCGUACAACCACCUGAUGUCAUUUCCCGACCUCCCAAAACAUCAACUGUAUCUAUAUUCGACCAAGGACACGGUUUGCAGUCAUCAGCACAUUACAGAAUUCAAAGAUUUUCAAAUUUCAAAACGAAAACAAGUCAAAUGGAAGUGUUGGGAGGACUCGGAACAUUGCAAUCACUUGGGCCGACAUCCCAACGAGUACGCUGAGUAUGUUGUGGAGCAUUUGGAGACCACGUUUGAUAUUGAAAUUCCACGAAAAUUCAAAAAUAUUACUGAAUAAAUUGUAUUUUUACUGACUAAAUUGUACUUUACAGUGCUAUUAGUUGGCUUUAUCAUUAUUUUUGAAAUUUUAAAUGUUUUGCUACCACACAUAAUGAAACGUAUUAUUGCGAGAAAUAUAGCACUAUAAUAAAUAAAACAAGGUACCAUAGUGCCGAAGAGCCCUAAAUUACAAUAUAAUACUAUUAUAGCGUUCCUGGGGUUAAUAUGGCAUUUUAAAACUAUCCUCUUUGAAAUGGUAUGUAGUUAUGGUUGUGUGUUCUGUGAUAAAAGUACAUUUCACGCUGAUCAAAGAACAUCCUUUACUUCGGAAAGAAAAUUGUUUCAUUUUCAAUUGUCUUUUUUUAGUACAUUGGUUCUUAUGAGUAGGAAAGAUCCUCUGGUAUUCGUCUUCGGCUGGGCCAAGUCUCACCCUAAACAACUGGUCAAAUAUACAAAGAUGUACGACUAUCUUGGGUAGAUUAUGUUUUUGUACCUUGAAUUUGUUUUACUUUCAAAAAAAAAAUUCUUUUGCCCAUCGAGACAAGUGUACCAAAGAAUCUUUUCAAUUUUAUUUAACCAAUAUGUCAUGACUUCCACAUCUACUUUUAGAAUUGAAUCCCUGAUCAAGAUCCCAACUUCAUUCAACGAUAACUUUUGGGUGACUCCAGAAAACAGCGAAAAAUUUUACCAGAGGUCUUUCAAGCCAGUUGUACAUGAGGAUCGACCACUGAUUAUACAUACAUUUAGUAAUAAUGGUGCUGCGCAGUUCUGUCACAUCUGGGAUCGGCUAGGACAAGAGCCAAAUGGACUGGAAGUCAAAGAUAAGAUCAAGGGAUGGAUUGUUGAUAGGUAAAUAAAACUUGUGCCUUAUAAAUCGCAGAGUUUUAUUAGUCGUAAUAAAUUUAAAAAAAAUAUUUUAGUCCAAUCUUAAAAUAAGAUCACGUAUUAAAGAUUGACCCAAAACUUUGCAAACUAUUAAAAUAAAGUUUAAACGAUCAUUACGCUAAACAAAAUAUUAUACCUCGUUUCAGUGGCCACACCACAAUACUACGGAGGAAUAAUAUGUCAUUUGAAAGCCCUUAUACGAUCUAUUCCACCAGAAGAGGAAACCAAUAUCAAGGUACUAACAACAGCUCUAACAUUUUUGGCCCACAUGACGUACGAGUAUCCUCUAUUCCGACUAAAAACACUGACGCCAGAAGUCAAACAACGUCUCAUCUUUUAUUAUCAACUAAUCAAGUUUUCCGACCUACCUCAACAUCAACUAUACCUAUACUCGAAGGGCGACGAUCUCUGUAA